UGCAGAGAGAUGCACUCCUGGGUCGGUCGAUCCGGCAGGAGACGGACCGCUUUUCCACCGAGAACCUCCCGCCGCAAGGUCCCGAAAUCUUGUGUCAGCGAACCUAACAGCUGCUGCUACUAACCUCUCACCUUCUCGACUAUGCGUGUACCUUCUCCCAUCAUGCACGACGCAAAUGAUUACCUGCAGAUCAAAGGCGAUGAUAUCGUUCUCGAUGGAAAGCCGAUCCUGCUCAAAGGUGCCGGUCUCGGAGGAUGGAUGAACAUGGAAAACUUCAUCACUGGGUAUCCGGGACACGAGUUCCAGGUCCGAGCUGCAUUGAAAAAGGUUCUGGGAGAGGAAAAGUAUGACUUUUUCUUUGACAAGUUCUUGGAAUACUUCUUCACGGAGGAGGAUGCCAAGUUGUACGCAGAGCUUGGACUCAAUUGUCUUCGUCUGCCUGUCAACUACCGACACUUUGAGGAUGAUAUGAACCCUCGAGUAUUCAAGAAAGAGGGUCUGAAGCACCUGGACAGAGUGAUCGAUAUCUGCGCCAAAUACGGCAUCUACACCGUAAUCGAUCUUCAUGCCGCACCGGGAGGUCAGAACUGCGACUGGCACUCUGAUGCUGGGAAUGACCAAGCAUUGUUCUUCGACCACAAAGACUUUCAAGAUAGAACCGUGUUGAUUUGGGAACACCUCGCCAAGCACUACCGUGACAACACCUGGGUCGCAGGCUACAACCCUUUGAACGAACCGACCGAUGAACAGCAUGUUCGUCUCCUGGCAUUCUACAAGAGAGUUGAAAAGGCCAUCCGCAAAAUUGACCCGCAUCACCUUUUGUUCCUUGACGGUAACACCUUUGGAGGUGACUUUAGGCACUUUGAAGAGCCUCUGCCAAAUUGCGUUUACGCCUGCCACGACUACUCAAAUUAUGGCUUCCCGUCGGCGCCUGAGCUCUUCACUGGCACACCAGAGCAGAUCGAAUGGCACAAACGAUCUUUCAACCGCAAGAUCGAAUACAUGCAGAAGCACAAGAUUCCCAUUUGGAACGGCGAGUUUGGGCCCGUUUAUCAAAAUGCCAAUGAUGGCCUGCCUAACUGGGAGGAGAUAAACGAGUCCAGGUAUAAAGUCUUGGAAUGUCAGUUGGGACUGUAUGCCAAUGCCAAGACGAGCUGGUCCAUCUGGUUGUGGAAAGAUAUUGGAUUCCAAGGAAUGACCUAUGUGGACCCUGAAUCCCCAUACAUCAAGCUCCUGCAACCAUUCCUCGACAAAAAGAGGCGUCUUGCGACUGACUCGUGGGGAUGCGACACGACACCCGUCGAGCCCAUCUUUGAACCCAUCAAUAAGUGGAUGUUGGAAGCUGCUCCAGCUCUAGAACACAAAUACCCUUCGACAUGGCGAGGAGUCAAGCACAUCAGUCGUAUGUUGAGAAACUGCCUACUUUCGGAAUGUCUCGUAGACGAAUAUGCGAGCUACUUCGAAGGCAAGAGCAUGCAAGAGCUGGAUGAGUUGGCGCAAAGCUUCAAGCUGAGCAAGUGCCAACAGAGGACAAGGCUCAACGACAUCCUGAAAGAGGAUAGCAAGCGGGCGGCGGUAUAAGAAGAGACCGUAUCUUGCUGUCAGAGCUACGUGUAAUGCAUCAUCUAUGACACUGCUAGGGUCGAGGAAUUCAUCUGUGUAGC